GUUCAAAACAAAUAUUAAAUAAUGAACGGAACUCCGACGGCCUCAGCACUUUCAUACUCGUUCAACACCGCACCAAUCGUUUUGGCAGAAUGCAUAUUUGGAGCGUUGGCAAAUUCGCUGCUACUAAUUAUCAUAAUUCGCGAUCCGAUGAGAAAUCUCCGCAAGCGAGCCUGUCUGACGAUCGCAAACUUGGCACUGGCGGAUUUGAUCUCGAAUAUCGGUGGUAUCGGGCUAUGUUUCUACGACUACGAAUCUAGAUUAGAUCCGGCAAACUUCUGGUCAGUGAAAUCGUUCUAUGCCACCGUCCACAUUGGAUUCACCGCGUCGUUUCUUAUGCUGCUCCUGCUGAGCGUCGAAGUGUACAUCGUUACGAAGCAUCCGCUGACGGCACACCUCGUGUUAACCAGACGAAAGACUCUUUUCGCGAUCUCGGUUCUGUGGUUCGCAGCCAUUAUUGUAGCUUCUAGUAAUUUUUGGACGGAGGAGUAUCCGUUUACCGUACUCAGUGUUGUCCUUUGCGUGUUCCAGAUUUGUGUUAUGGCUGUCCUUGUUUUUCGAAUUUUAGUCAUUUUAAAUAUGCGGAAAAAUCGCCGAGAGCUUUCUCAACUCAUGCCUGCCGGAUCGCAGAAUGAUAACGGACUGACCGUGACAUUUUUGUUGCUUUUCGUCGUGUUUUUGGUAACUGCGUUUCCGUACCUUGUCGCUGAGCAAGUCCAUUUCUUAUACCAUAUUAAACCAGAGUGGAACAUAAGCUUCAACCACGAUGUCAUCACUUACACUAUACCCCUGAUGCACAUAAACUAUGUCAUAAACCCUCUUAUCUAUGCUUACAGGAUGCCUGACUAUAGAAAAGGCUUAAUUGCGUUGUUUACCUGCCGGAAACGAGCGCAGGUCAACACCCCGCGGACGCCCGUUUCUGAUAAAGCGACGUCUCGGACUUUUACUGUCAACUCCGCGUCUCAUGACAACAGCAUACAAGUUUGAAAUUUUGCUACAGUCAUGGAGAAAAAACUUAUUAAGGAUUAGACGUUUUAUUGUAA